ACUGUCAAGUGCCAGACUUGGCAAGUUUCAUUUUCAGUGAUUCCCUUACCUUAGUUCAGUGAGGUUCGUUUUAGUGCAGUUCGGUAAAGAACGUGUUUUGCGCUCAAGGGCACAAAUUAACCAAAAAGUCAUUAAGGCACAUUAUGCUAGGAGGUACUGCCACCAGCCCCUGGGUGAUUCUUCUUCUCCUCCUCUUGACCACUUCCUCCCUGGGCCAUCGCUGUGAUCGCACCCCCGAGGGUCAUGUCUCCCCCAAGAUACCGGCGGACAACCGCUUCCAGCUCAAGAUCAGCGGCUCACCGGACAAAUACGUACCAGGCGAGGGCUACACCAUAAGCCUGCAAGGUCUCCGCAGCCAUGGCCAGGUCGCCGCCAAGUUCACCGGCUUCAUGCUCGUCGUGGAGCCGCAACAUCACAUCCCUAUGCGGGGGUUGUCUCCCCGUGACGUCACCCCUCGUCCUGUAGGAACCUUCCAGCUGUACGGGGACACUCUGACCAAGUUCAGUCCCAGCUGUCCCAACAUGGUGACCCACACCAGCUCCAUGCCCAAGAGUGAGGUGCAGGUCCGUUGGACUGCCCCACCCCCUGGUAGUGGCUGUGUAAUCUUCAGGGCCACAGUGAUAGAACAUAGGGAUGUUUGGUACCAGGACGACGGUCCUCUGUCUAAGAUGCUGUGUGAAGAAGUUCAAGAGAGUCACGACACACAACCUGAAGUACUAGAACACUGUUGUGCUUGUGAUGAAGCUAAGUAUGAGGUGACAUUUGAAGGACUCUGGUCCCGUCACACUCAUCCGAAAGACUUCCCCAGCAACAGCUGGUUGACCCGCUUUAGUGACGUCAUCGGCGCAUCACAUUCUAGCUACUACAGGUUCUGGGAAUACGGAGGAAUUGCGUCCGAAGGUCUGAGACAGGUUGCAGAACGAGGUUCUACCAGAAUGUUGGAGUCAGAGCUCAAAUCUCAAAGCCAAAACAUUCGCACAAUAAUAAAAGCUCGGGGCAUUUCCUACCCCAAUGUGACCGGCAAAACAUUCGCAGUGUUCAGAGUGGAUAGAAUACACCACCUGAUGUCUCUGGUCUCCAUGAUUGACCCGUCCCCUGACUGGAUAGUCGGAGUCUCAGCCCUCGAGCUAUGUCUACGCAACUGCAGCUGGGUGGAGUCCAAAGUGCUCAACCUGUACCCCUGGGACGCCGGAACAGACAGUGGAGUCACCUACAUUUCGCCAGACCAACAGACAGUGCCUAGAGACAAGAUUCGAAGAAUAACAUCUUCGUUUCCGAAUGAUCCAAAAUCACCCUUCUACGACCCAUCUGGUGCAGAAAUGAAGCCUCUAGCCAGGUUGUACUUGACUAGACAGAGACUAUACGAGAAGACCUGCGAUGAUGAACCCAUGACUGACGAUCCAUGCGCGUUAACGGAGUGGACACAUUGGAAUUCCUGCUCGUCCAGCUGCGGCCCGGGCUACCAGUACAGGGUCAGGAACUUCAUCAAGAAGGGCCGCAACAAGUGUCCAAGGCCGGAGAAGCUGUCCCAGAGAAAAUACUGCAUGCUCCAACAGUGCAGGAUGUCGCCUCAACCCACGGAGGAGCCUAUCGACCCGAAGUGCGAAGUGUCGGAGUGGGCAGACUGGAGCCGCUGCGAGCCUGUGGACAACCGCUGCGAGAGAGGCAUGCAGAAGAGAUAUCGUCACGUGACCGCCAGAGACAACUACCGACUCAAGUACUGCCUCAGUGUCAAGAAAGUUGACGAACGCGAGUGUAUCCUCAGCAGCUCCUUCAGCAUCUGUCCAAAGAACAAACAAGGGAAAAAGGUAUUCUUUCCUGGAGCACAAGGUUCCACAUGUUGUGCUGAUGAUAAUGGCAAUACUGAUAAUGAAGAGACGGGUAAUGAAGAAGAAGGAGGAGAACAAGGAGAGGACAAUGAAGAAAAUGAACAAGACAAUGACACAUAUGACAAAGAUAACGAAAAUGACGGAGACAAUGAUAACAGAUACGAUGGUGAUAGAGACGAUGAUAACAGAUACGAUGGUGAUAGAAACGAUGAUAAUAGAUACGGUGGAAACCGAUACGAUGGCAACAGAUACGAUGGCAACCGAUACGAUGGCAACAGAUACGAUGGCAACAGACAUGAUGGCAACCGAUACGAUGGCAACAGAUACGAUGACGGCAACGAGAAUGAAGAUUAUGAAGAUGGGACGGACGAGCCGGCAGGAGAGUGUGCCAUGACCAAGUGGAGCGAAUGGAGUCCGUGCAGUGUGACUUGUGGGGUUGGAGAAACCAGGAGGUUCAGGUACUUGUUGAACCCUCCAGAGGGUGAUGAUGAACCUAGGGCGGAGUACCGCAGAGCUUCUAGGACCAACGACGAGGACUACGGCACAGACGACGAUCUAGAAGGUAUGGACGGAGAGGGUGACGGCGGGCAGGGUGGGGAUGGCGAGGGCCAGGCAGAGUAUGCUGAAGGUGCCUGCUCCAUAUACAAGACUCAAGAGGUUAUGCCUUGCAAUGGAACCUACCCUACAUGUCAGUUCUCAGAGAUGGAUGCGAGGGAGAUUUGCUCACUGCCUCCUCAUCCGGGACGAUGCCCUGGACCCAUGGUCACCCGGUUCUUCUACAACCCCAAGCUGGAGGACUGCGCGGAGUUUGAGUGGACAGGUUGUCGCGGGAACAGGAACAGAUUCCUGUCCAGAGAAGAAUGUCGUACAGCUUGUCAAGCGUAUACUGAACCAGAGCCUGAGGAAGAUGAAGAAGAGCCACAAGUGGAAGAAGAACCGACAGAAGAAGCUCCAGAAGAAGACCCAGAGCUGAAUGCGCGUUCACAGCUAGGGGAACAGUACGAGGGGACGGAGAGGCCCGUAGUGGACUGCAAGUUCAGCCGAUGGUCUGCGUGGUCUAAAUGUGACGCUGCGUGUGGUCAACAAGGCUACAAAGUGCGGACUCGAUACAUAGAGGUCCAUGCUAAAAAUGGAGGAAAGGCAUGCACUGGGAAGACCAGAAAACAACGCAAAUGUUCAAGAAAAUGCAGACACGACGAAGAAGAGGAGGAGGAAGACCAAGAAAGAAGCACUGAAGUUAGAAGGAGACAUGAAAAGUGUAGGUAUUCUGAGUGGUCAGAGUGGACAGAAUGCACAGCGACGUGUGGCUACAGUGCAAUGAGGCAGCGCACUCGUCUAGUGCUAGAAGGCAACAACUGUAACGACCGAAUCCGCCAGAAGCCCUGCAACGUGGGGCCCUGUCCUGGCCACUAAUGUUAGACUGAUUGCCUUUUGAGCAUUUUAUUUCAUUUCCCAUUUCAAAAGUUAAGUUUUAUCACGUAUGUUUUUACAUUUUUUAUUUUUACCGGAUGCAAUGAUUAUUUAGAGUUUUUAUUUACUUUGAUAGAUUUUCAUACUGCUAACAAAAACAAUCAUUCGUACAAUAACAGUUUGUAAACUAAUUAUAGUAAUUAUGCAAUAUCACACAAAAAAAACAAUAACAAAAUUAGACUUCCCUCUAUCAGAACCAUAGGUAAUCCAAUGCAGUUUUUACUAUAACUAUUAUAAAAUGUUUAGAGGCAAUUAAAAACUAUCAUACUCAAUCAAGAUAUUAUUAGCUUAUCAUAUUUUCUAAGUACCUGUAAAAGUAAAAUAAUAAUAUAGAAUUAACCAAUUAUUUAUUGCACUUUAUGUAUACUUUAGAAAUAACAAUUAAACGAUUUUAUUUAGUCACCAUAUCGCAAGUAUAUUUUUAAGAAAUUAAAAUGUUAUGUGUAAAAAAAUACUCAAGCAGGGCAGCCAGAAUGUAAAAGAAACUAUCUGAUAAGUACAUUAGCAACAGCAUUAUUUGAAUAAAUAAACCAUCGUUGAAUGUAAAAUAUUAACCAUUGUUCCGUUUCAACCAAUGUGAUGAAUAAAAUACAGUAAAAUUUAAAAUCUUCAGUAAAUUGUAAUGCUUUUAUAGCAACAAAUCAUAUUGUUUAACAUUACUUUAGUAAGCAACUCGACGAAUUUAGUUUUUUAUAUACAUAUAUUAUAUUGAAAGUAUGAGCCCAGUUAGUUUGAUAUAUUCAUUUAGUUAUAACUCUAGUGAGAUAAGAAGAAGCACAAUAAUUCUUAGUAAUAUGUAUUGUACUGUAAUAAAAUAAUACUGAGAUAAGAAAGGUAAUAUAUUUUUAUCUUAUCCUGAGUAAUUAAAAUGGUACUCACAUAUAUGUAUUGUACUGUAUACAUGAUUGUAAAUGUAUUGUAAUUUUAUUACAAUUUGUGAUAUCAAAA